AUGAACACAAUCUGGGAACAAGAGGAGAUACCCGAAGCAUGGCGUAUAUCCAUCAUAUGCCCUAUACACGAAAAAGGAGACAUCAUGGAAUGCGAAAACUAUAGAGGGAUCUCACUACUCAAUACUUCAUAUAAACUAUUGUCCAACAUACUACUGACUAGAAUUAACCCAUACAUCAAAGAAAUAAUUGGAGAGUACCAAGCUGGUUUUAUGCUAGGAAAAUCAACAAUAGAUCAAAUACACAUUGUAAAACAAGUAGUUGAGAGAGACACGAAUACAAUAAAGAUACAUCUACUAUUUGUUGACUUCAAAGCAGCGUAUGACUCAAUCAACAGAGACAAACUAUGGGAAGUCAUGGACCAGUUAGGAACACCAGCCAAGUUAACCAGAUUAAUAAAAUCGUGUACGUAUAAUUCAAAAAGUAAAAUAAGUUUCGGAGGAGAAUCAUCAGAGGAGUUUCAGGUAACGACUGGUCUUAGACAAGGUGACGCUUUAUCACCUGCACUGUUCAACAUCGCCCUAGAAUCAGUUAUGAGGACAGUUAUAUCCCAAGCUAAGGGCAUAGAAAUAAAAGACAACAUCUAA